ACAUCGACCAAUUCCAGUGGUCAAUUAAAUUCAAUUGGAAAGUUAUCGGCGAAGGCUUGGCUGGAAUCUCCUCAACUUCAAUGGCGGCGGCGCUGUUUCUCCUCUUACUGAGUUUGGGGAUACCGAGUUCACUUGCUUAUCGACCCGGGGAUAUAGUUCCUAUGAGUCGAAUGGGCCAAUAUCACGCUUCCAGAACAGUUUGGCACGACAUGAUCGGUAGACAUUGCCCGAUUUUCGCGGUUAAUCGCGAGGCGUUGAUUCCUAUACCUAAGCCCACUGGAUAUACUGGUGCUGAUCCGUACAAAAUAUCAUUUCAAGUUGGUCAAGAGAAAUUUUAUGUUCCUUGGCUUUUUGUUAUCAACCGAAAGAGUUCUGAAGUCCCAAUGAUUGAGAUGCAUCUGAGGUACUCAGGAGCUGAUUUGCUUGGUGUCUCGUCAAAAGUUGUAGAUAUGCCAAACAAAUAUGUAGAACUUCAUCCCGACAUCCGUAAACAAUUUUGGGAUCAGCAAGUAUGGCCAAAACAUAUUCUUGUCAGAUACACCUGGGAGGAGCAGUCCGAGAUGGAUGUGGCUUCUGGAUUUUAUGUUCUCUUUGGAUCAGGGCUGAUGCUUUCUUUCAUUCUCUCAAUCUAUGUCUUACAAUCAUCAAAAGAUAAACUGGCAAGGUUUGUGCAGGAGACAGUAGCUGAAAGUAGCAUGCCUGCUGGAGGUGUUGCUAAAGUUGAAUGACCUUUCUUGAAAUACAAGUCGUGCAGGGUUGACAUAGUCUACUGCAGUCAUAUGGUGAGCAGUGUGAGCUAACAUAGUGUGUAGGGAUCGAGAGGUCUGCCUUGUGACACAAAGUAUAUGGUAAUGAUGCAGCGAGCAAAAUUGUGCCAAGAAAAUCUAGUCAUUGAAUAGAUUAAAAUACGGGCAUUGUCUAAAAAUGGUUUGACGGAGAAGGUAAUAACUUCAAUUAUUCCUUUGUGAUAUAAGAUUUUCCUGUUAGGAUUUUGUGGACGAUGAAUUGAUGAUUAUGAAUAUGGAGUAAAGAAAUAUAUACGCUUUUGGAAAA